UCUCAUCAACUCCAGAUGGACGACCACAAGCUACAAGUUCUCUUCUUUGCUAUCCUUUCGUUUUAUUGUCUAACUCCUCCAAUGAGCCAUGGCCAGCUGCUUCCCAUAGUCGAAGAAGAUGCAGCAAAGAUCCAAACCUACAUUGUCCAUGUUGAAAGGCCCGAGGGGCCGGAGUUACUUAGUAGCGAAGAUCUGGAGAGCUGGCACAAAUCCUUCCUGCCGAACACCACUCUAGACUCCGGCAAGCCACGGCUCAUCUACUCAUACCGUGAUGUCAUCAGUGGAUUCGCCGCGAGGCUGACUCCACAGGAAGUGAAAGCCAUGGAAGCAAAGAAGGGAUUUCUAUACGCUCACCCAGACAAACUGCGCCCGCUCGCAACAACCUACACCCAUAAGUUCCUGGGGCUGAACAACUGGACUGGCGGCAUAUGGUCGAACACCUUGUUUGGACAAGGAAUUGUCAUCGGCGUCCUCGACACCGGCAUCCUCCCGACACAUCCUUCGUUCCAUGACGGGGGAAUGCCGCCCAAGCCGGUCACAUGGAAUGGGAACUGCGAACGUCUUAGUGGCGUCAGGUGCAACAGAAAGAUCAUCGGCGCCAUAGCAUUCAAUGGUGGGCUUUUGGAUUCGGUCAUCGACACCGAUGGGCACGGCACGCAUGUGGCCAGCACGACAGCUGGAAACUUUGUCGGUGAUGCCUCGGUUCUGGGCAUGGCCGAAGGCACAGCUGCUGGGAUGGCACCAAAGGCUCACUUGGCUAUCUACAAAGUAUGCUUCCAGAAUGGCUGUUUCGACUCCGACUCAUUAAAAGCCAUAGAACAAGCGAUCCAUGACGGCGUCGAUGUGCUCUCGAUGUCCAUUGGUGGAGACAGGACCCCAAGCUUUGACCUUGAUGGCAUUGUGCACGGUUCACUGUCAGCGCUAUCUCAUGGCAUAUCGGCCGUCGCAGCCGCCGGCAACCAUGGCCCGAGUGAAAGCUCAUUGUCCCACGACGCACCGUGGGUUCUGACGAUCGGAGCAAGCUCCACCGACAGAAAAAUAAGGGCGACAGUGAGGCUUGGAGAUGGAACAGAAUUGGAUGGCGAAUCCGCAUACCAGCCCAGCUCGUUCAACGCCUCCGGGCCGUGGCCGAUUGUCUUCCCUGGAGAAUAUGGAGAUAGUGACAAAGUAUUCUGCCUUGAGAACUCUUUGGAUAACAUAGAUGUUAGAGGUAAGAUCGUGUUAUGUUGGGAGGGAAAUCUAGAGAACGUUGAGAAGGGCAAGGUGGUAUAUGACGCUGGAGGAGCUGCAAUGGUACUUGGUAGCCUACCAGACUCAGGGUAUACCACCUCUGCUGAACCCCAUGUCCUUCCAGUCUCUCAUCUAAGCUUCAUGGAUGCGACAGCGUUUCGAGAUUACUACUAUUCAGGAUCAACGUCCAAAAGCUUCACUCCUAAUGCAACGAUUAUCUUCAAGGAAACAGUUUUCGGAUACCGACCAUCUCCAGGCGUUGCUUCGUUCUCUUCCAGAGGCCCGGCUACGAUGAAUGGUGGCAUCCUGAAGCCCGACGUCCUCGCUCCCGGCGUGAACAUUCUGGCAGCGUGGCCAUUCGACGUCGGGCCGAACCCCUCGGCCUUAGCUACCAAGACUUUCAAUUUCUUGAGUGGCACAUCGAUGGCAACACCUCACGUGUCCGGAAUCGUCGCGCUGAUAAAGAGCAAGCACAGAAACUGGCCGCCGGCCUACAUCCAGUCAGCGAUUAUAACUUCGGCUCGUGAUCUAGACCUCGACGGCAACCUCAUCGUCGAUGAGAAUUCCAACGAGACUGCCGGUAUCUUCGCGACCGGUGCCGGACAGGUGAAUCCAGAAGGAGCCCUGGAUCCAGGCCUCGUCUAUAACAUCGACCCGGCAGAUUACGUCGGUUAUGUUUGUGGUUUGGGUUACUCGGACUACCAGGUUUCGAUUCUCUUCAAUCGGAGGAUUCGAUGCUCCACUGUGCAAACUAUCGAUGCACCAUCGCUGAACUACCCCUCGAUCAUGGCGUCGCUGCCACGCAAUUCGCGGCAGGCCGUGACAGUUGAACGAACGGUGACGAAUGUCGGCGACGCCAACUCAGUUUACAUUGCUAGGAUCACUGAACCGGCAGGAGUGAGUGUGUAUCUCUCCACGUACCAGCUAGGUUUCUAUAGGCAAGGCCAGGAAAUGAGUUUCCAAGUGACUGUAUGGGUCUCUGGUUCUGGUGCGGGGAAUAACUCGACCGCAAGAGGAAAACUGGAAUGGGUUUCAAACAAGCAUGUCGUGAAGAGCCCCAUCGCCAUUAAGUUCGUCUGAGACCCCAUAACAGGCUCCGCCUACACAAAUAAAGUGGAGGGGAGAGUCCACUCCCCUGUUUCUCGGAUAUCUAAUUACCGAUCGCUUAAUUAUGCCGCUAUAAUAAAAACUUUCAGUUAG